UAAGGUCAGUAUACACAAGUUUUUCUGCAAGACUAGCGUCUUCAUCUUCAAGCCAGAACACAGUAUCGCAGUUAUGAAGGUAACACAUGUGCUGCCGUUACUUUUGUUUUUUAGAGAAGUCUAUCUGGAAAGCAAGUUAAACGUUGAAAUAUUAUUCGAAUCUCUCUGUCCAGACAGUUUGAGGUUCAUUAGGGAACAAUUACAUCCUCAUUUGAAAGAAUUGGCGCCGUACGUGAAUUUAAAAUUAGUGCCUUUCGGUAAAAGUGCAAGUUUGGAAGAUGGCACUCAAUUUAUUUGUCAACAUGGUCCUCAGGAAUGUAAAGGAAAUCGAAUCAUGUCUUGCGCUUUGGAAAGGAUAUCCGAUCAGACUCUACAAGUGGACUAUGUAAAUUGUUUCAUGACUAUUUUCAAGAGAGGCAAACAUAAUCCAGAAGAAUUUGGUCAAUUGUGUGCAAUGCAGUCUGGACUAGAUAUAAAUGACGUAAUGAAAUGUUACAAUACAAAUGAGGGAACCAUACACCAAUUAAGGGCUGAGGAUGACACUGUCAGAAUAUUGCCGAAAUUUAUUCCUACAGUGUUAUACAAUGGAGAAUUCGUGCAACAACUUCAAGAUGAAAGUUUACUAGAUUUUAAAGGUGUUGUAUGUAGACUGAUAAGUAAAAAUUUUCCAGGUUCUUGUUUAUAUUAAAAAAUAGCUUUUUAGUUCAUAAGUUUAUCAAUAUGCCUAAUUUAUUUUUUUAGUAUUUAUACCUAAAUUAUUGCAAUUUUAUAUAAUA